CUUCGCCAUCCUUGCUCCCGGAGCGCAGAGUAACGGACGCACUUUAGCGCCACCGCAAAGGCACCUUAAAACUCACCUGCGCAACACAAAGACAUGGCCGAGGAUGAGCUGACUCCAGAGCAGCUAACGGCCAUCGCAGCUGAGAACGAGGAGCCGGAGCCGGUGAAUUACAAACCCCCCGCCCAGAAGACCCUGAAGGAGAUCCAGGAGCUGGACAAGGAGGACGAGAGCCUCCAGAAAUACAAGAAGGCUCUGCUCGGCGCUCGGGACUCUGAGACCGUCGCUGAUCCCGACGUUCCCAACGUCCAAGUGAUCCGGAUGUCUCUGAUCUGUGAAACCGCCCCAAACCCGCUGGAGCUGGACCUGCAGGGAGACCUGGAGUCCUUCAAGAAGCAGGGCAUUGUUCUGAAGGAGGGCGUCGAAUACAAGAUAAAGAUCAGCUUCAAGGUGAACAAGGAGAUCGUUUCGGGACUGAAGUAUGUGCAGCAGACGUUCAGGAAAGGAAUAAAGAUCGAUAAAUCGAACUACAUGGUCGGCAGCUACGGGCCUCGAGCCGCCGAGUACGACUUCCUGACCACGACGGAGGAAGCCCCGCGCGGCCUGAUGGCGCGAGGGAACUACGACAUCAGGUCAAAGUUCACCGACGACGACAAGCACGACCACCUGUCCUGGGAGUGGAACCUCAACAUCACCAAAGACUGGGAAUAGUAAAGUGAGGCCCCACGUGGUCGCCCCCCCCCGUGCGUUACUAAGCCCCGCCCACUUUUUUUCUUUUCUUUGUUUCUCCAUCUUCGUUACUGCCGCGUUGUCUU